AUGAGGAAGAAGCUGGAAGAUAUCGACAGUUUCUGCUGGAAGACCGGGUCUCCGACGGUGGAAAGAAAUCAAGGAGGAUCGUCGUACGAGGGGCUGGGUCUAGGGAAUCAGGGUAAGAGGGUAAGGACGAAUAGAGGAGGAGAUGCUUCUUUUGCAGAGCAACACGGGCUUCUGGAUCGGGGAUCGAGAUGCUGCAUCCGAAAGCGUUUUCAGUUCGGCUAAGUUCCAAGGUAAAUAGCCGAGGAACUUGAUUCUUAUUGCUACGGGACGCUGUAAGCGUAUACUAUCUUGCAAUUUCUCGACAUCCAUGAGAUAAUGGAUUUUUUCACUCGUUUCUUCUUGCUUUUUUUUUAAGGCACUGAGAUGUAACAAUACAGAGGGAGAAUAAAAAGAAUAUACUUAUUGUUAGUUGAUUUUGGACGAACAAGAACUAAACUGGAAUUCUGGAUUCUUAGAGAACGCGUCGAUAAGUUUUGUUGGAACAACUCCUUUACGUUAA